UUGCCCAUUUACCAGUGAACCCCUGCCUGCCGAGAAACCUGGAAACCCUUUACCUUUACCUCUCACAAGGCACCUAUUUUUCACCUGGAGAAAAUGAUGUGGUAUGAUGAUAAGAGCAUGGGAACCAAGUCAACGGGAAUUGGCGAGGUAGUUCCUCUGCGGUGGAGAGUCCUGGAAUGGCCAGAUAUCAAGGUGAAGUUCAAAGUUUGAAACUGGAUGAUGAUUCAGUUACAGAAGGAGUAAGUGACCAGGUACUUGUGGCAGUUGUGGUCAGUUUCGCUUUGAUUGCUACCCUGGUAUAUGCACUUUUCAGAAAUGCACAUCAAAACAUUCACCCAGAAAACCAAGAGCUAAUAAGGGUGCUUCGGGGACAACUUCAAACAGAACAGGAUGCACCUGCUCCUGCUCGACAGCAGUUCUAUACUGACAUGUACUGUCCAAUCUGUUUACAUCAGGCCUCCUUCCCUGUUGAAACGAACUGUGGACAUCUUUUUUGUGGUACCUGCAUUAUUGCAUAUUGGCGAUACGGUUCGUGGCUUGGGGCAAUCAGUUGUCCAGUCUGCAGACAAACGGUAACUUUACUCCCAACAGUAUUUGGUGAAGAAAAUCACUCUCAGGAUAUUGUACGAUUGCAUCAAGAUAUUAAUGAUUAUAACCAGAGAUUCUCAGGGCAGCCCAGAUCUAUUAUGGAAAGAAUUAUGGAUCUAUCCACUUUACUGAGGCAUGCAUUCAGGGGGAUGUUUUCGUUUGGAGGUCUUUUCUGGAUGUUCCGGAUCAGGAUAAUUCUUUGUUUAAUGGGCGCUUUUUUCUACCUUAUAUCACCUCCAGAUUUUGUUCCUGAAGCCAAAUUGUUCCAAUUUGUUUGGAAUUCUAGGCUUUCUAGAUGA